GAGUGAGUGAGGCGACAGAGCGGAGGUGACAGCGGAGAAUGGAGAGGAGCCCGUCCGCCCGGCGAGCUUUGACCGCGGCGAGCGAGGAGAACCCACUCGACCCUUUCUUUCUGGAGCCAGCGUGCUGAAAGAAACCGGGAGGAAUUAACUGGGGGCAAAGGAAAGGAAUGGCUGAUCCUCUGCGGAGGACUUUACUAGCGAAACUCCGGGGGAAGAAAUCCAAGAAAGGAGCGACGGUCGGCGGUGGAUACGGCUCUGCUGCUGCUGCGGCGAAUGGGGGCCGAGAAGCUUUCUUUGAGAAUGUCCAAACCCCCAGUGCUGAUGGCCGGGAGGUGGUCAGGGCCAGUGAGUCUUCGUCAUGGCGGCCACCGCUCACCACCAUCACUGUCUCCAAGAAGCGCAACUGGCUGCAGCAGAGCUCCCUUGGGAAGAAUCACUGCACCAAGGACGAGCUGCAGGGAAUUCUGGGAGCUGAGGAGGAAGGCUCCCAUCAGCCGCCACCUCCUCCCAGUCCCUCUCCAGACCACCUGAGACCCUCAGGGGGAGCUCCAUUACGGCCGGCUCGCUUGCACCUGCCUCAGGUUAUUGUCGGUCAGGCCAAGGUGUCGCCUCACCCUCGGAGCGUGGACCCAGCCGAGGAGAACGAUGCAGACGACGAAGGAGAGAUCUGGUACAACCCAAUCCCUGAGGAUGAUGAACUGGAGAUGUCUCACCGACCCUCCGUUCGGCUGCUGGUUCCCCCUCGAGCAGAGCCUCAGAGGAGGCCCAGCAGGGGAGGGGAUGCAGGCAGCGGCGCCGGGCCGGAGGCGCUAGGGGAAAGCCACAGUGGCAGUUCAGGAGAUGGGAGUCAGGGGAAUGCUGUACAUUCCACAGAGGCGCUACAUCUGCACAGACAGAUGCUUGCGUGCAAACCUCAGGAGGAGGGGGGGCCUUCCACCAGCAGAGCCACAGAUGGUCCUGACCUGCCAAAUGCUGUCAGCUCCCCUCCCUCCAGCCCAAACCCGGCCAAGAAGAGCAGCUCCAUCAACUGGUCCUUCCCAGACAAGAUUAAGUCCCCGCGCACCGUAAGGAAGAUCUCCAUGAAAAUGAAGAAGCUUCCGGAGCUUAGUCGGAAGCUCAGCGUCAAGGGAUCCCCGAGUAGCAGUAACAGUAACAACGGCAACGGAAGCAGUCAUUUAGAGCUCACAGCCCAUUCUCCCCGAAACAAUGUGGGUGAGUCGGAGCGCGUCCCCCAUUCCUCAGGCCCUCCCAGAUUAGCUGCAACUGGGGGUGGGCAGGCCAGCCGUAACGUGAUCUCACGCUACCACCUGGACAGCAGUGUGUCCACACAGCACAGCUUCAGCAAGAAGAAAAGUAACGGUAGCUCAAAGUCUGCCAGUAAAGGCGGCUACCUCAGUGAUGGUGACUCACCUGAGCUGGUGGCCAAAUCUGGGAAACACGGAUCCUCGGAGGGGAAGGGAGGGAAAGGCAAGGAGAUGGAGGGAGGAGGCGGAAGCUCCAAACUCAACGGCACAGACCUGGACAUUGAUGCUUUCCGCCAUUACAGCUUCACAGAGCAGCCGAAGUGCAGCCAGUACAUCUCUGGACUGAUGAGCCUACACUUUUAUGGUGCUGAGGACCUCAAACCUCCACGCAUUGACUCCCGAGACGUCUACUGCGCCAUCCAGGUGGACUCAGUUAAUAAAGCACGCACCGCUCUCCUCACGUGCCGAACUACCUUCCUAGAUAUGGACCACACCUUCAACAUCGAGCUGGAGAACGCCCAGCACCUGAAGCUGGUGGUGUUCAGCUGGGAGCCCAUGCCGAGACGCAACCGCGUCUGCUGCCACGGCACGGUGGUUCUGCCUGCACUCUUCCGGGUGACGCGUAGCCACCAGCUGGCGGUGAAGCUGGAGCCACGAGGGCUAAUCUACGUCAAGCUGAGCCUCAUGGACCAGUGGAAGAACUCGCUGGAUGGUGGGCCAGACGGAGACAGGGAGCCCCAGGUGUUUGGUGUGGAGGCGUGGCGGGUGGUGGAGAGGGAGAACACAAGACUGAUGGUGCCGCUGCUUAUAAGCAAGUGCAUCAAUGAGAUCGAAAAGAGAGGCUGUCAGGUGGUGGGUCUCUACCGUCUGUGUGGCUCUGCAGCCGUGAAGAAGGAGCUACGUGAGGCGUUUGAGAGAGACAGCUACGCCGUGGAGCUGUGUGAAAACACGUAUCCCGACGUUAACGUCAUCACAGGUAAAUUGAUCGACUACCUGCGAGAGCUGCCCUACCCUCUGAUCACCAAACAUCUGUAUGAGGCAGUGUUGGAGUGCAUGGCCACAAGGCCUCUGCGGAUAGGAGCAGCGGGCUGCGAGAACGACCAGGCCGACACGGAGCACACCGUCAGCCUGCUGGACAACCUGCCAGAUGUGGAGAGGAUGACACUGCAGAAGCUUCUUGACCACCUAAAGUUGGUAGCGUCCUGCCAGGAAGUGAACAAGAUGACGUGUCAAAACCUGGCGGUGUGUUUCGGCCCGGUGCUGCUCAGCCAGCGUCAGGAGGCGUCCUGCCACACCAACCGAGUCUUCAUCGACUCUGAGGAGCUCGCCAGCGCGCUUCACUUUAAAAAACACAUUGAAGUCCUGCACUACCUGCUGCAGCUCUGGCCUGUUGUGGACCCACAUGGCCGGUCUUCCUCCCAGCCCCCUGCAGCCUCUUUGGCUCCGGCCUCAUCUGACCUGCUGUCAGCUCCUCCCAUACGGCGGAGAAAAGAGCGUCCCCAGGUCCUGAACCUCUCUGAAGCAGAGAUGGCGGGCGUUCUGCGUCCCAAACCGGGACGCUUGGACAGCCCCAGCAACCGCUACGCCGGCGAUUGGAGCGGCUGCGGCAAGAGCUACUUCCCUUGUGAAAUUUCUCUGCCUCUCAACAAAGAGGAGGCGGACUAUGAUGACGUGCCCUCCGAAGAUACGGAGGCAGCUGAGGAGGCGCAAGAGAACCCUGAAGGGGACGCAGAGGAAGAUAAAGGGCAGAUGUUCACAAGCCCUGCGUCUGAUCCUGCUGAGCAGGAGCAACCUCAGAGAGAGGAGCAGGUGGAGGAGGAGGAAGUAAAGCAUGAAGAGGAGGAGGAGGAAGAGGAGGAAGAGGAGGAGGAGGAGCAAGUAGAGACUGAUAGUUCAGGCAAUAGGCAGCCAUUAGAGGACAAGGAGGAGGAGAGGGUGUGCGACCACAUCCUUCCCCCUUGUCUGCCCAAAGAGCACACGUACCAGGCCUACAUGAAGAUCCAGGAUAUCAGCCCUGUGCUGAGCAACAGGGUUAACCUGAGAGACCUGCAGGAGAGCAUCGACACUCUGAUAGGAAACCUAGAGAGAGAGCUCAACAAGAACAAGCUUAACGUCGGAUACUGACUCCUCCUACAGUGACACACAGUCAUAUCCACUCACACACUCAUAAAGCCUGACAGGGUUUGGAGAAAACCUUCUUUACCGAUCAAGGUGCUUCAGUAUACAGCCACAGUGUUUCCACGGAGAUCCUGUGAUGUUGGCGCGGUGCUGCUGUAAAAACUUAAGGUUGAGAGGAGAAAAAUGCAACGGGGCACUUCUGGCGUUUGUACCUUACCCAUAGACAUUCCGUAAUGUUUUUAUUUUAUUAUUAUUUUGUCGACUGUCUCACUUUAUGUUGUUGGUUUGUUUCAGUCCGGUUCUGUGUUCCAUGUUGUUAUUGUUGCUUCUCUUCUUAUUAGAAGAACCCAUUGACCCUUCAGGGGUUUAAAAGGUGCCUUAAUUGUGUGAAGGUGGUACGUCAAGAGGAGAAUCCACCCUGAAAUAAAAUUCAUCCCCUCUUGUGAUCGUGAUACAGUGUUGACAACCAACAGAAUAACCUCUAUGAUGUUAUGAAGAGUUGUUUUUACAUUGAAACAGGCUGCAGAAAAUUCUGUUUUUUUCAUCCUGGGUACUAUAAUGCUCUGUUCAUGCAAGCUUGUAAGCAGUGAUACUGAUGCCAACAUUUUUUGAGUAAAGUUACCGAUAGACAAUAUUUAAUCACUUUUUAAAAUUGACCACUUUCAUCCCAAAUAAUGCUAAUGCUUUAUGCAGAGUUUCCUCAGUAUUUGGACAUUAGACACUUCCACAUCUAUGCAGUGGUGGGAUGCAUUAGGCUUUUCAAUUAAGAAUUGGUUUCCAACUAAAAUAUGUAAUUAGGUAAUAGGAUUAAUAAAGAAUGUGCAAAGAAAACAAAACCAUGUUGGUUCUACAGUCAUGCCAGGCCCUCUAUCAUUUUUGGCAGUGGAAGAAAUAUGUUCCGAUGUUUUAUUGAACCCCACCGUUAUCGACCACAUCAUUAGUCUCUAAUGCUGAAUGGAAAAAAGGUUUCUACCUUCUAUCGUCUAUUUUUCACACAUGCAAACACAGUGUUGAGUAAUAGGCCUCCCUACCAAGAUCAUUGGAACAUGUGUACAUUCUGUUUGAGGGUGGAUUCUGCUUUUUUUUUAAGGCAGCAGAGAGCUUUUCUAUUGAGGUAUGAAACACUAAAUGUUGUAAACAAUAAUGCACUUAUGAGGCAGGCAGUAGUGUAGAUUGUCAUUAUAGUUCAUGCAGUAAAUAAUAUAUGGACUGUGGACUGAGUUGAGGGAGAAACAGCCGCCACUGAAACCUAUGAUAGAAGAUAAAUAUGAAAGAAUAUGGCUUGAAAUGUAUUUACGUUCUGCAUUGUGUGAGAGUUUUAGACACCCAUGAACAGGCAUAGCCUACAUACAUUUGUCAGAAUCUGACACAAGUAUUUGAUCUUAAGCAGGCAACUUUAAACAGAAAAUGUGUUUUGUGUGGCAUCUAAAGUCUUUAGAGAAUAGUCCAACAUUUUGGGAAAUUUGCUUAUUCACUUUCUUGCCGAGAAUGUUUGUAUGCUAAAUAUUAUGCUAGCGCUACAUGUUCCUUAGCUUAGUUUAGCUUAACUUAGCUUAGUUUAGUUUAGCGUAAAGACAGGAAGCAGGGGGAAACAGCUAUCCUGGCUCUGUCCAAGGGCAAAACAAGUAACAAGUUAUCAGCACCUGUAAAACUCACUUAUUAAUAUAUUACAUAUAUUUUGUUUAAUCCGUGCGUGGGUCUUUAUGCUAUGGUAAGAUUAGCUAAUGUGUAAGUCUUCUGCAAAUAAGCAUGAUUUCUCAAGAUGUCAAACUAUUCCUUUAAAUACCACCAACCACUCACCUUUCUGGCAAAACCGUGAACUAGACAGCCAAAAUGUGAAGCACAAUUUUCAGAGCCACAGUGGAAACUGUUAGCGGAGGGCUUCAGUUAGUACGACUUAGCUAGCUGCCUAAAUCAACAAAGGACGUUUUCAGCAAUCCAGGGAUUCAGAAUGAUCAGUAUUUAACCUAUAUGUAUAUGUAUAUAAUUAUAUAAAUGUAUUCGGAGUAUAUUAUUUUUACAGCUUCUAUUUCAAUGGUGUAUUUAAAUACUUCUGAUGACCUCGUAGUGUUGUAGCAAUAGUCGCUUUUCCUCCCUUCAAGCUACCUGUACACAUCUUAAUGUGCUGGACUAAUGGUACAACUUUAGCUGUAAAAUAUAUGAUAAACUUGUGCUCUUGCAGAAAAAGUGAUAUUGUUAUUUUUAUUGUAUUGUGUAUAUAUUUGACAUUGUUUUGUGUCUCUGGUGGACUAAGCUGUGUUCAUGUUUAUUGGUGUUUUGUUUUUUAAGGUACUGAACGUUGCAUGGUCAAAAGCUUUACUGACAUAAACAAGGCUCUUUCUCAUCUGCCUUUGUAUUUGAUAUUUAUGUGUAAAAAGACUUAUUUUGUAAUGUAUGCUCAUUUGUCCGUCACCCUGUUCCUCCAAUAGACAGAUGACUGCACUGGUCAAGCUUUUCUCCAGAGGACUUAAAGGCAGACAGUGAUUUGGUUUGGGACACUUCCAAAUUUAAUGUUUUUUCUAUAAAUAGAAUAAAACAGUAUGUUCACCAUUGUCCGUGAAUAUGGCCAUUUAUUUCCACUACCAAAAACGUGUAUCUCACAUUGUCAUCAACAGUCUUGUUUUAAAAGAAUGUUUACUUAAAGCUAAUGGAAAAAUAUGACAAUUGCAUAAGUUUCAGUUCUGAAACCCAGUUGCAAAAUGUAACACUUAAGGAAAUAUAAAUUAGAUUUGGCUUAGGACAAUUGAUGCAGAGUUUGCAUUUUUGUUUAUAUAUUUUCCAUUUUUAUUUUUUACUGUUGUUCCACACCCCUCCCUGUUCACAGUCCUGCUGCUUCAUGGUGGUGAAGCUGUGGCUGCUGCUGUCAGACCUAGCGGGUCUUGUGAAAGUGAGUAUCAGCAGGAUUCCUUUCAAACCAUCUGUCUACCCCGGCAACACAAAAACCACCAAGGCCUCAUUUACAGUAUAGAAACCAACAUGGAGAGCAUCACUUUGAUUAUCUCUUUAAAUUGGAAAUUCUUCAGAUGCUGACGAGGAUUUCUGAUUGCAGACACUUGAAAGAUCAAAUUUGACGACAUUGUAAUGUUUCUGUCUUGUCCUCUUUGUCCUUUGGAGAGAAGAUGUGACAUAGAAAGCAUCACUAAACAAAACAGAAAAAUGCUUUGUAUUGAUCCUGAGAAAUGUAUGGUCAUAAUAAAGUAUAUUAUUUUACAUUCA